UCGUUUCGUGCGCUUCGCGACUCCCGCAUUUCCGACUUUUUGACUAUUUUCCAUCUUACCGGGACACCUACGUUAAACGUGCUUUUUACGUACCGCGUACAUUUUGUCUCUUAGACACCGUAGUCUAAGCUUUUAAAUUUUUAAUCGUGUUGUUUUUAUUUCAAUUUUAUUCUAAGUUAAGUUACUUUUAAGUUUAGUCCGCCAUCUUGUGACGCUUUGAAAAUAACGAUCAAAACGCGCGUCGGUCGUAAGAUGGUCAGUAAGGAGCCGCCAUUGCAGCCAGUGGAAGUUAAGAGUAGGAGAAGAAGACGUAGAGCGGGCAAUAGAGCUGGGAAGAGGCGUUCUAGGAAGACUACAGUUGCCGUCGCGGCUGUGGCCACGUUGCCUUCGGAGAAAUACUCGAGCCCUGUGAAGUGUGCUGUUCACGCGUUCCUGAUGAGAUAUCAGAGUGCGUUGAGGAAGGUGCCGGCUCAUCUGCCGCCGCGGGUCCACGCCGGGCCGCCUUCGAAGCGGGUUAAACGCGUUUCUUGGAGUCACGACGAGAGCGGGCCGAUGAGCGGCGGCGGCGAUCCGGCGGUGCUCGCCGUCGGGCCGGCGCGGCGGCCUCUCACCUACACCCGGGAACAACUGUUACGGCUGCGGCACUCGCCGCUCGUCAAGAAGGGGCUCGACGUACCGCUCGCGGGCUGCGACGCGCUCGCGCUGGUGUUGAAAAAGAGGUCGGACUCGCCUAACGAAGAUGAUCGAGGGGCCAGAGGCGAUGCACCAGCCGAGAACCACAAAGGAGUGUACGGCCGCGAACGCGAGCGGGAGCGUCGUUCCGCCGACCCUCGCGAGCGCGUCCGUAAGGAGAGCGAGACGAGCAGCGGCAUAGUGCUGUCUCCCCAACGGCGCUCUUUUACAUCUGGGUGUGGGGCGCCUGUCGCCACUGCGGCGCCUCCGCCGCAUGUCGCUAGGACAAGGCCGGAGUCCCCGCUAUGCCCCGCGCCCGCUCAAGCCAAGCCUGAACCAGCGGGUCGCCGAAUCGGUUCAGGCCGAAUCAUGGUGCGGGACGUACCGCAUUCGGGAUGGGAGGAGGGAGAGUACCGGCCCAGCGAACCCUACCGGCCUCGCGAACACCGGCCCAACGGCGAUAGGUUCGAGCGACGUUCUUUUACCCGUGACUCCUACUCCUCUGAUAUUAAGAGGGAAAGGGACGACCGAUUCAACAACGAAAAACAGAGAGAUAGGGAAGACAACCGCAGAUCAGGUGGUCGCUAUUCUCAACGACGUUUUGAGAAAGAAGAUGAACCAGAGUGGUUUAGUGGAGGGCCGACAUCUCAACAUGACACUAUCGAGCUCCGCGGUUUCGACGAGCCUACUAAAAAUAACGGCUCGACGAGCGGCAAAGAGACUGAGAAAUGGAACAACAACAGCGCCAAAUCGCCCGGCACCGAGCGAAGCGAGCGGCCCGAGCGAGGCGAGCGGUGGCGGAGCGAGUCCACGUCUGAGCCUGCACCGAUCGAAGACUCCAAUGAUUCUAGCAACGAUAAGGAUUCAGGGGUGGAGUCGAAGGCCGAGGAGCCGGCGGGCUCGCAGCCCGACUUCAACCUGGACGAGUUCCUCAAGCUGGACUCCAUACCCGACGUGCUCACGAACGGCGGCGGUGAGAGCGAAGGCGGCAGCAGAUUCAGCCGCUGGUUCCGUCGCGAAAGUCCCACCAACGACUCGCGCCAUUACGAGAGGCUACUCACUAAUAUGGUCGACGACCUGGAUAACCCGGCGCGGCCACCAGCUAGCGAGCCGAGCCACAUGUUCGCGCCGAUCUCCCCCGCCGCGCCGCCCUCGCUGCUGGACCUGCUGCGCCGAGCCAACGCCAACUCGGACCCGAGGCCCGAGAUGAACAACGUGGGCGGCAAGAUCCACAGCCUGGAGGAGCUGGAGGCGCGCCUGCGGCCGCCGCAGCCCGCGCCGCACUCCGACCACGACCUGUCCGCCUUCAAGCGACUAUUGGCGCAGGUGUCCGGCGGACACGCGGUGCCGGCCGCCGAGCAGCAGCGGCCGCCGCCGCAGCCCAUGAGCUUACUGCAGAUGUUGAACAAGAGCAUGGAACAACAACAACAACAACAGCAGCAGCAGCAGCAGCAGCAGCAGCAACAACAACAAAAUGCUCCGCCGGCGCAGGCGCAUAUCCCGCAGGAGCUGCUUUACAAACUGCUGCAAGUGCAACAGCAUCAGCAGCAGCAGCAGAGCGAGAUGCUGCCCCCCGCCCCCGCGCCCGCGCCCCCCGCACCCCCCGCGCCCCCCGGCCCCUCCCCCGCGGACCGCGAGCUGCUGCAGCGCCCCGAGGCGCAAGCCAUCAUACACGGUCUGAAAGCGGGCGAGAUAACGGUGCAACAUCUGAUGCAGCAAUUAGGAAAUCCUGGCCUGCAGUCCCGACAUCGCGAGGUGCUGCUUACAAUACUGCGUCUUCAUCAACAGCAAAGACAGCAGCAAAUGGGCGGGUCGCCGCUGCCAGGCGUAGGUGCGGCGCCGCACUUGGUCGUGCCGCCUCUACACCAGCCGCUGCGACUGUCGCCGCUGCCGCAUCCAACGUUUUGCGUGUCCCCCAUAAUGCCGACCAGCCCCAACACGCUGGCCGUGCACCACCCAGGUGUGCCAGCCCGCAUCCCGUCCCCACGCGAGCUCGCCGCGCACACCCAGUGCAUCAUGCAGAGCGCCCUCAUCAAGAAGAAGCUGGAGGAACAGCGCGAGAACUACCGCCGCCGCCACGACCCACCCAAGGGCACUCCCAUCUCGUUCACACCCACAUCCGUGUUACGUAAAAUGACCGCGGAUAAGGAGUCCGACGCGCCGAGCCCGAAGCAGCAGCAGUGGGGGCAGCCGCCCAAGAUGCCGCAAGGACGGCCCAUCGUCAAGGGCAACCAGAGCGGAGCAGCGCCACCUAUGGGAUACGCGCCGUCACCGGCAGACUACCAACACCAUUAUCAACAGCAGCAAAUGUCAGGCAGCGUACGUCAGUUCCUGCAUCCGCAACAGAGGCAGCAAGUACCCAAUGCGCUAAACAAUAUGAACAACAUGAACAAUAUGAAUAACAUGACCCGCGGCAUCGCAGGGGGCACCACUCUGCACCAAUUGCUAGUCCAGUCUCACCAGAGGAGUCUCAACGAACUAGGCGGCGUGGGCGGCACGGGCGGCGGCGACAACCAGCUCGCGCGCUGGUUCUCCCCCGAGCUCCUCGCGCGCGCCUCGGCCGGCAAGCUGCCCUCCGUGCACGUGCCCAACGCGCUCUCGCUCGAGGACCUGGAGCGGCACCACCACUCGCCGGCGCCGCCGCUGCGCAACUAACACACACAAGAGAUAGGUUUUUUUUUAAAGCCAAGGCGUAGGUUGUUCGGAAGGUGAAAUGUUGAGGCUAAAAAUUUAAAGUUCGAAGAGAGAGCUAACCCUGCACCGACAGUGUGAAAAGACACCAAAGAUUUGUUAAUUGUGUGAGAUGAGGGAAGUUUCGUGAUUCGAAUUUGAUAGGUAAACGAGAUGGCGCUGUACGACUCCGUAUGCGGUAACUGCAAAAUUUCACGUUUGACAACAGGUGCAGUACAACGCCAUCUGGUCAUCUUAGACUAUACCUUUCUAUUGCAAUCAAUAACUCUUUGGUGUGACAAUAAACGUAAAUUUUUUAUAACAUGGCGUUUAUAGUGUAUUUUACACUGGAAAUUAAAAAAUCUGCGCAAAGUUAGCUUAAACGUACUAGUCUGAGCAACUAUUGUGAAUUAGAAAAAUUCAAGAAAUAUACAAAAUACUGAUUACAAAUGGUUGUAGAUAUUUCCCGUUUCUAUUGUGCCCGUUACAACUAAGUUUAAUCAUAAAUUGUAUUAAGAUGACACCUGUUAUUGGCACAAUAAAACUGAAAAUAUCUAUAGAAUGUUUGUUGGUCACGAUAGUUGCACAGACUAUAAUUAACAGAACAGUAGAAGUAACAGACGUCUGGAGUAUGAAAUGUUAUCCAAUCUUGAUACCACAUGCAUGGAUAGUGGUUAUUUUACUCUGCAAAACAAAACUCAUUUGUAAUCUGCUAUUAACAGUUAUUUAUCGCCCGAAACUAAGGUUGAUGUAUGAAGGGCACGAGGUGAAACGUAAUUUAAGGUACAAUUCCAAUUGAUUCAUCAAGUUUAAUUUCACACAUAACCUAAAUAAGUGGUAUUACUUUGAUUAAUCGAAAUAUAGCUCACAAAAAAAUUGCACAGUUAAAGCUUCUUAUUUGGAGUAUUUGGACUGAUACAAUUGAAAUAGUACCCUAGAACACUCAAAAAUGAAAUGUAAAUUAUUUGUGACUAACUUAACGUAUUUGUGAACUGGUUCCUUUUAUGUCAUCCCCGGUCGCUGCCAGUCAGAUCUGAUUAUUGACAGAUUGUUCUAAUACUUGGCCAUCCUGACAUUCGAGUUGUCCCUGCAUGCAUCUUUUUGUGUUGCCAUUUUAUUUUAUCAUAUCUUGAAGUACUUAGAGAUCUCCUAUAGCAAAGAUCCAUUGAUUGUAUAUGAAAGUCUAAGAUAAAUCCUUGCUUAGUUUGACAGCUGAUGUAAACGUCUGGUCUGGCGUAUCGUACUGGAUUGUCAAACGUAAACUUUUGACAAUUUACGUUUGAUAAUCCAGUGACCACAAAACAUGGCACAGUAUAAGGUCAUCUAUUUCAGUUGUCGGACGGCACGUUUUUUUCUUAGACUUGAGAUCUCUUCUUCAAUUGAAAACUAUUGGCCUAUUGCAUGAAAAGCUGGUAUUUUAAUGCUGUGGAUUAGAUAACAAAAUGGCUAACAUACGUCUUACGAAAUAAAAGUAUUUUUCAUCCAUGAUACACCAAAUUCCAGUUUAUAUAUUGACGAAUUUGACUUAUCACGUAUUACAACCAGUAUCACCAGUGGUUUUUAUAAAAAAUAGACACGUUAGUUUUUAUACAUACUUAAUUGCAUUGCCGGAUCUUAAAUUGAUAAAUACAUACAAUAUUAUGUCAAUUUGAACAUAUAUUUAAGUUUUCUUCCAUUUUUUUUAUAAAGAAAAAUAAAAUAUUUAUAAAGUUGAUUCAUGUAGACCCGAGUUUUUUAAUUGAUGGACUAAGUAUGUGUUUAAACAAAACAAUAAUAGGUACUUUGCCACUUAAAAUUACAAAAAAAUACAGUUACCGUUAUGGUUUAAAAAAGGUAUUCUAUAAGACAUGCAUUGAAAUUAUACACAAUUAUGUUUUUAGAACAGUAACGGUUGUUAGGGCAGACACUUUCAAUAAAUAAUGUCAAUACGUUAUAUCGUUCCAAUACGAAAUGAACAUGAGUAAAUCACUAAAAGCAGUGCCUAACCACUACUUGUUGUUUGUUUUAACUUUUCGAUGCUGAAAGAUAAGUUCUAAAUUUGGUUGAAAUUAUCAGCUACUCUUUUUUUAAUGUUUUGACUAGACUGUUCGCAUAAAAUUGUCUGGCCUUUUUUGCAACGGAACUGACUUCUAACUCAAGUGAUAGAAUAAAGAUUUUGUCUUUCUGACAAACGUAAAUUUCAAGAACGGAAAGAGACAAAUGAUUAUCAUGGAAUGGUAGCUGUAGUCCGAGGUAGCAGCUGAGGGGUUAACUUUUUGAUGUAUUUCUUUGUAUAGUGAGUUUACUCGUAGAUUCUGGUAUCGUAUAAUGUAUUAUUUAGCCCCGUGUCAGCUCCCUUAUUUUGACUAUUAUUAUUGAUGGACGCAGUCAAUAAUAUUGAUGAUAUUUUAGCUUAAAAAUACCGUCAUUUAGUUCACAUGUAACCUAACCUAGCACGAUAUGACGAUAUAUUUCAUCAUUAUUAUUGAGCGUUCAGCCCUGACUUAUCUGUAUUUAAAAUGGGAGAUAUCCUUAGACAUGUAAAAACAUAGCGCCACCCGAUAUAUGACAUAAAGAAAGAAUGAGAGAAUCUUUUAGAAAAAGUAUGCCACUGACAAGCGAAUUGAUUGGAAAACUAAAUAAUGAAACACGUUAAUUUACUUAAAAAAUAUCUACUUUUUACGUAAUAUUGAUGGCUAAGUGAAUUAUUUAGUUUUCUAUAUGUGUUUGAUUUGUUCGAACCGGCGGGGACACUACGGGAAAGAUUGGGUAGUUGACAAAUGCGAAUGAUGAACUGUUUGAGUGAACGGAACGAGUGAAUAAUACGAAUGAAUGGAAACAUAGUAUGCGGAAUAAUAUAUAUUGUAUAAUGUUUAUGUAUGUAUACGGCUGUGUUUGUUUGCAUUUUUGUUACUACGUCAUUUAUGAGAGGAAAAGAUUUUCGUUUACGAUGGAUGUCGUGUGUUCAUUUCUUUAAGAACAUUUUUGUAAAGGAUUUUGGAGCGUCCCCAAAUGUAAAAGACUAGCAUUCGAGUUUUGGGAUUCCACGAACUACGGAUAGUAUAUUUUUUUAAACGUUUUACGUAUUCCACUGUACGACGUUUUAGCGAUUUGUGGAGUUUUUUUUGCAUUUUAUCCCAAUUAAGUAUUUUAGUACGAUCUUGACAAUCCUCCCGAAUUUGUCAACGUUAAACUUUAAAUUAUACAUCCAAAAAUUACUUUAAAGUUUAGAUUUUAAUUUUAUUGCUGUACAAUCUUCUUUUAUCUUCUCUAAACUUCUUACUCAGAAUGUUUUAAGGGGUUUUUAUACUUAGGACGGUAGGGUGGAUUGUCAAGAUACAUUAUCAUUGAUUGGUCAUUUAAUUUUCGAACAAAACGAGACCUGAGCACGUCAAUUAGGUAUCAUUUCAUGACCCUGGAUUAUACCGUCCCAGUGUCGAGUAAAAUUGGCUCAACAAAGCAAUAUUGCGUAUACCUUUUCGCCUUAUGCCUUUGUGUACCGGUGUAAAUAUAUCCCCAUUUGAACGACUUGCUCAGAUGGGGAGCUCAGAUUUGGAAUAGUGUAGCAGGUUUCAGAUGUAUUAUGGACUGUGUGAAGCAAUCAUGGACUGGUUAUGAAGACCGCGCAGACGCAUUAGAUGCGCCGAGCGAUUUUGGUUUUAUGGUAAUGAAUAGUGGCGAAAUUUCAGUUUGUCGGCGUCCCGUGAUGCGGUCGCUUACGUAUUACAACUUAAAAAAAUGUCUCCUGUAAGCUUUAAAUUAUUGAUUAAAGAAAAUUUGAAAGUU